AUGCGAUUCUCUCCGGAACUAGAUGACGGUCUCGACUAUAGAGGUCUUGGCGUCCCAACGUGUGUCCAAUACAUGCUUGUUGACGAAGCCUGUUUCCAUAGCUCGAUGGCGACGGCCCUCUUCUGCCUGGAUAACAUAAUGGGCAGAUCGGAGAACAAGUUACAGGCACUGCGCCAUGCAUCGCGUACAGUCCGCCUGGUGAACCAGAAACUCUCGUUGAAAAGUGCGAUCACUGACUUCACCAUCGCGGCCGUAAUCAGCAUGGCUCAGUAUGAGCACCACCAGAACCGAUUCCAACAGGGUUCUGCUCACGUGCAGGGCCUGUGGCAGAUUUCUCAGUUGCGUGGUGGAGUAUCAAACCUGACUGGAAGCCCUUCUGGCUUAGGGCAGAAAAUGCUGCGGAUCGAUCUGGAGUCCUCGUUACAAUUAGGCUCACCCACGGCGUUUACGCUUAAAGAGGCCGAAAAUGGAUGCAGACCCUUAUCGGGAUUCCCUAGCAUGUGCCUGCAGUCAGAUGACUCCAUUCUGCCUCUAGCCUUCGGACAAUACCCAGCCAGGGCACUGCCCGCCAACUAUCGAGAUCUGUUCGUCGACGUGUUGUUUCUGGCAUCGUUGCUCAAUAAUGCGAUUCUUGGCAAUGCGCCGAAAAUGGACGCCAUUGAGUUGUACCAGGAUAUUAUCUUUCUCGGCUACCGUUUAGUCAACCUUGGGCCACUUGGCGGCCUACCCCGCGGGAUCUCGCGGCUUCAGAACAAAGUACACCUAGGCUUGGCUGCCUUCUUGGUGACGUUCCUGCAGGGGUGGGAUGGUCGAGUUGCCCAAAAUGAUCUUUUGGCAGAAAUGCUUAUUUCAGAAGCUCGGCAAGCUUUCAACGCUGACCUGGAUGGGCGGGAGACGUUACUCUGGUUGCUUUUCAUAGGAGCAGCCGCUUCAAGGCUAUGGAAGUAUCCUGUGUGGGUUUCAGCAGCAAAAUGCACGUUGCACAGCCUGAAAGUUAUGAGCUGGCAAGACGCUAAGGUACUCCUUGCUGCAUUUCCAUGGGUUGAUGCCAUUCACGAUACAUCAGGGCAGGCGCUCUGGCAGGAGGCCAAUGCUAGUGGCUAG